GUUCAAGGUAGUGGUUCCUUCCCACUAACAACGCUAUGGUAUUAGAAUUAGCAAAAUUGAUGUCCUAUUCAAACCAUAAAUGUUAAGCUACGUAAAAAUUUCUUUUCGGUGGUUGCCUGUUAUUGUUAUUUCCUUAUGUGAAUUGAAACUCACUUUUCUCCUUAUCCCAAAUAAGUACACUGUCCGGAAUUAUAUGGGGUGCAGUUUCCAGACCAGAAUUCGCAGGAUAGCCCUAGGAAAGUUUAUAUGGUGAUAUACUUUUAGUCUUCUGAAGUUUUGACCCUUUCUUCAAUGUUCUAAAUCUGCACAUAAUUCUGUUCAUGGCUUUGAAUGUGUUGGUCUCGAGUAUUGGAUCCUCAAACUGGAUAGAAAACAAUAAGGGCAAUAGAGUUGUUCCUGAACAAGGAAUAGAGUUUCAAGAUGGUCUAAAGAUUAGAUUUACCCAUGAUGAGAUUUUCUGGAUACUCCUCACUGUCCUGGCUAUUCAUGGAAUGUGGGAAGCGGAUAAUUAGUCCGCUUCCAUAAGAAAUCAGAUGUAUUCAUAACAUAACAAAGCAAUGAAAGAAGAGCAAACGUGGUCCUCUGUAGUUAGAACUGUGAAGCAAAGCUUUGAUUGGGACUGGUGGAUAUUCAUGUAAACAUUUGAAUUGUUAGAUUUUGAGAGGAGAUUGAUAUCAUAUUGAAUUAGCUUUUAAUCUACUUUACAAUGAGAAAAAAUUUCCGUGUCACUAGUUAGUCUUUCGACUCUCCCUCUUCCUCAAAAAAGGAGUAGGAAAAGAAAAUAUUGCACUAGAAAGUCUAGAGUACUAUCAUCUCUAUUAGCAUCAUGUUACCAGGAAAUUUUAUCCUCGUUUUCAUCUUAUGCAUGCAAGGAUAAUAGCAAGGGUUUCAAAUACUCAUGUAUACAUACACAUAUACCCUAUGGUCUUCAUACCCUCCCCUGUAUUGUUCUUUCCACUAACCAUCUUUGUGUACUACGGAGUUUUACUUUUGUUUGCUUUCGUUGAUGACAUUAGAAAUGCACCAACUAAAAUUUGAACUUGGGUAUGCAACUACGACUUAUAUAGAAUACCUUCCUUGAACACCCCACCACUGUUCAAACAGUCCCUCUUGGACACCACAGGGAAUUUGACAGGAUGAUCUAACCUCCAUGACCCACCCUCCGAUUAGUAAACAUCUCCACAAUGCAUACAAGACAUUUAUCCUCUGCAUCUUUAACCCUUGAAGGUCUGGUUCUCCAUAUCCAUACCUUGGUCAGUAUUCUCUCCCACUUCUGCUCCAUGGAUGCCUCUGAUCUUACACAUCCCAUCUCUCUCGAUCUAGCAUCAGAUCAGAGGCCUCCAUGUACCUGUGAGGCUUCCUCACCAGCCUACAUAGCCUCAUUUGCCUACGGAACUCGUAAAACUCGUUUGGAGAAGCAAGGAAUUGCGGCUAAUUUGAUUUUAUACUUGGAAGAUGUUGGGAGGAAACAACAACAACAAUAGUGUGUUCCCCGUGUUCAUUGAUGAGAAUCGAUUGCAGUAUCAUACUAAUGCAUCAAAUCAACUACAGUUAUUUGGAAAUUUACCAGUUGGAUGUAACGUUGAUCCAGUAAAUUUUUUUGGAAAUGAGCACGAGACCCCUGUGCUACUCCAGCCUAAUAAACUAAGCAGAGAAGCAGAAAAUAUCUCAAGGCAGCAGAAACUUCAAAUUUCCCUGAAUUACAAUUUGUGCCAUGAUGAAGCUGAUCGAUCUGCAAGCAUACCAAACCUGAACCCUGUGUCAACAGGGUUAAGGCUAUCAUAUGAUGAUGAUGAACGCAAUUCCUCCGUUACCUCUGCAAGUGGAAGUAUGACAACAGCACCACCAAUCAUUUUGUCUCUUGGUGACAACAUUAGAGCUGAACUUGAUCGGCAGAAAGAAGAACUUGAUCAGUAUAUGAAGAUUCAGGAACAGAAUUUGGCAAAGGGGUUGCAAGACAUAAAGCAGAGACAGAUGGCAUCUUUCUUAACUUCCAUAGAAAAGGGGGUCAGUCAGAAGUUGCAUGAGAAGGAUAUUGAGAUAGAGAACAUAAACCGAAAGAACAGAGAACUCGUCGAGAGAAUUAAGCAGGUGGCGGCGGAAGCCCAGAACUGGCACUACAGAGCAAAGUACAACGAAUCGGUGGUCAAUGUCCUGAAGAACAACCUCCAGCAGGCAAUUUCUCAGGGCGUUGACCAAGGCAAGGAAGGAUUUGGAGAUAGUGAAAUCGACGAUGCUAAUUCCUAUAUCGAAACGAACAACUAUCUUGGAAUUCCAUGUGGGUCCCGUAGUGCUGCUGGGCUUUUGAAGGAGAAUAUGAUAUGCAGAGCAUGCAAGUCUAAGGAGGUAUCCAUAUUGUUGAUGCCUUGUAGGCACUUGUGUUUGUGCAAGGAUUGUGACGGGUUAAUCGGUGUUUGCCCGAUUUGCCAGUUGGUGAAAACUGCUAGUGUCCCUGUUUAUUUGUCCUGAAAUGAGUGACGAAAUAACUUUAAAAUGAAAUAUCCUCUAAAAUCUUGAUAUUCAUAUGUAUGGAAUGAAAUGUAUGUGGGUGUCUGGUUGUAUUCAUAAGAUUGUUUUUAACUGAUUGCUUGGUAAGCUAAA